AUGGUGUGUGAUUUAUUAGUUUACCAUCCAAGCGUCAGUAGGCUAAUUCGGCUUCUCGAUGCGAGCGCAGGGCGCGAGAAGGUGUUGCGCCUGUUGCAAUAUCUGUGCCGCUUCCUGGGCGAACAAUACUCAAUGGUGCUGGCGCGCAAGCUGCAGGCAGAGUUUGCGCUGGUACGCAAGAUGCUUCGUUUUCUGAAACCGUUGAAUCACCUCCAAGCGGCAUCAAAAUUCUUUGAUAAUAAGAUUGCGAGCGACAACGUAGUUCGGUGGUGCAACGUAAUCAAAAAUCUAGCGUACGCAGGCUACCUUGCACUAGAUCAAGUCACAUUACUACGGCUGUUAAGGCUGGUACCCAAUACUCCGAUAACUGGCACGCGCAUUCCACGUUGGUCAAACUGGUGCUGGUUCGCAGGAUUGUCGGCCGGUCUCGUACUAGACCUACGCCAAUUGCAGGUUGCCCGGGAGCAGGGGCGCGGGGAUAAGGAAGCGACCAAGGCUGUGGCAGCCGACCGCGCGAAGGCACUCCGCAGGCUAUUGUGGGACUCGCUAGACACAUUUAUCGUAUUGAACAACCUAAAAUUCCUACAUUCACCCGAUAACUCAGUUGGCCUCGCUGGUGUUGCAACGUCACUCUUUGGAUUGCAGGGCUUGUGGGAAGCAGCUUAG